CCCCUCAGUAUUUGCAUAUAUAAUUUCCUCGCUUCAGCAGUGAGUGAAGACGUUCGUCUUCGUCUUCGUCUUCGUCUUCAAUUGAGCUAUCGGGAAGUCAAAAUAGCAGUCGAGGAUGGCAAAUAAUAAUCAGAACGGAAGGCACACAAUCAUCCUGUUGCAAAACUCACACAGCAGAGCUACGAGGACGUUUAUGGACUAUGAUUCUAUAGGCCAAGCUAUGGAUGGUAUCUGCGGCUUAUACGAAAGGAAGUUGAAGGAAAUUAACCCAUCCCUCAGGAAUCUUACUUAUGACAUUGCUGAUCUUUACAAUUUUAUUGAUGGUCUUACUGACCUGAGCGCUUUGGUCUAUGAACAUUCCAUGAAUGCGUAUUUGCCAUAUGAUAGGCAGUGGAUUAAGCAGAAGGCGUUUCACCAUCUCAAGAAACUUGCCAGUGGUGGUGGCAGAUGAAUAAGAGAGAAGAACCAUCAUUUGAAGAACAUAUUAUACCUGAAGAGAGGUCACUCAAAACAUUAUCUUCACCCUUUAUAUGAUAUUUUCCUAAUGUAACAAAUAUUUAUAUGCAUUCAAUUAGUGUGGUAUUGUGGCCCUUGGCUGUGUUUAUAACCUUGAACAAUAAUACUUAUGGAAAAAAAAAUCAUUAAAACUUGA